AUGAUCCUCCUUCUAAUUCUCUGCCUGACAGGUGUCAGUCUGGGUGUUGAAGUCAGUCAGUCUCCGUCUGAUAUCUUCACUAAAUCUGGAGACAAAGUGCAGAUUUUCUGCAGCCACGAUAAAACUGACUACAGGCUGAUGCUUUGGUAUCAGAGGUCACCUGGAGAAACAGCCAUGAAACUUAUUGGAUAUCUGAACUUCAAAACUCCCACUAUGGAAGAGCAGUAUAAAGACAAUUUCAACAUCACCGGGGAUUUGGCAGGUUUUUCUCUGGGGCUUCAAGUCGAUCAGUCUCCUCCUGCUGUUUUUAAAAAGGAGGAUGACGAAGUUAAGCUUUUCUGCACUCAUGAAAAAAGCGACUACAGAAUGAUGCUUUGGUACCAGAAGUCACCCGGAGAAACGGCUCUGAAACUCAUCGGAUACGGAUACGUCGAUUUCAAAGACGACGGCGUGGAAGAGCCGUUCAGAAAAGAUUUUAAACUUGCCGGAGACCUGACGAGCGACAAGAAAAACGGCUCGCUUUCCAUCGUCAACCUGAAAGCACGAGAACACACGGCAACGUAUUUCUGUGCAGCCAGUCAGCCACAGUGCCUCAAUCAGCCAUCUGCUCGUCACAAAAACCUCUUCCUCUCUCUGCUCUCGAUGAGUGUUAAAGGGUAAAUUACUUCUCAGACAGCUCAGUGGUUUGACUGAUUAUUCGGGCUUAUUUGUCAUGUUUAUCCACAUUUUCUCCUGCACAGACAAAGAGGCUUUUUGUCAACAUUA